AGCGACAGCAAAGUUGGAAACAGCAGCAGAGUAGAUCAUGGUCAGCUCCAAGGCUUUCCUCCUUGCCAUCCUUGGUUGUGCCAGCUUAUGCAGUUCUGUCCUAGCUGCUCGUGAGCUGAGCGAUGCGGCCAUGGUCGAAAGGCACGAGAAUUGGAUGGUUGAGUAUGGCCGUGUCUACAAGGAUGCAGCUGAGAAGGCACGGCGUUUUGAGGUGUUCAAGGAUAAUGUGGCAUUUGUCGAGUCAUUCAAUACCAAUAAGAACAACAAGUUCUGGCUUGGUAUCAACCAGUUUGCUGAUCUGACCAUUGAAGAGUUCAAAGCAAACAAAGGUUUCAAACCAAUUUCAGCAGAAAAGGUUCCAACAACUGGAUUCAAGUAUGAGAACUUGAGUGUCAGUGCGCUUCCGACAGCUGUGGACUGGAGGACCAAGGGAGCUGUCACACCUAUCAAGAACCAAGGCCAAUGUGGUUGCUGCUGGGCAUUCUCGGCUGUAGCUGCCAUGGAGGGCAUUGUGAAGCUAAGCACGGGCAACCUCAUCUCACUCUCCGAGCAAGAACUGGUGGACUGCGACACCCACAGCAUGGAUGAGGGUUGCGAGGGCGGCUGGAUGGAUAGUGCCUUUGAGUUCGUCAUCAAGAAUGGAGGCCUCGCCACCGUGUCGAGCUAUCCAUAUAAGGCAGUAGACGGCAAAUGCAAGGGUGGAUCAAAGAGCGCUGCAACCAUCAAAGGUCACGAGGACGUGCCAGUGAACGACGAGGCUGCACUCAUGAAGGCCGUGGCCAAUCAACCCGUGUCUGUCGCUGUCGAUGCGAGUGAUAGGACUUUUAUGCUUUAUUCCGGUGGUGUGAUGACUGGCUCUUGUGGCACUGAGCUGGAUCAUGGGAUUGCUGCCAUCGGGUAUGGCGUGGAGAGUGAUGGCACAAAGUAUUGGAUUUUGAAGAAUUCUUGGGGCACCACAUGGGGAGAGAAGGGAUUCCUAAGGAUGGAGAAGGACAUUUCUGACAAACAAGGAAUGUGUGGCCUUGCCAUGAAGCCUUCGUACCCCACAGAGUAG